AUGCAUAUUCCAUUUCCCAAUCUUUUCCCCCCAUCACUCACACUCAUUGGGUCAAUUCGGCUUUCACUCGGAAAGCCGAUCAAAGGGCUUGGCCAUCCAUCCAGGCCCGUUUUUGUAUCGACCUGGGAGGCCAAAGGCCGUCGCAGAGGAGGUCUGGACGGUCGGAUGGCUGGUGGCUCGCUCGCAGCCAAUCCCCUGCAUUGCGCGAAGGUUGUUGCGGUUGAGUCGCUGUCUGGUGUUGCGCGCGACGCCCGCAGCCAUCUCGGUCUGGCCCUUGGGGAGGACCUCGUCGCUUUCGACUCCAGGUCGCGGCCGUCGGCAAUGCUCGUCUCUUUCUUCUCCACCCAGUCCUCAUGCUCCAUGGACGAAUCAGAUGCGUCGUUCGGCUGCAAGGGGACUCGCGCUACUGAAGCUGAAGCUGCGCGGGAAGUUGCGAGGCAGCGUCUGGCUGUCACGGCGUUCCAGAUUCUGUGGGAGAAAGCGGGGUGUGCGAAUAUCUGCCGGGUCAUCUUCUUGAUCAGAAAUGCAGUAUUCGUCGUCACUUUCCUCUCCAGAGGUCUCCGUGGGCUCGACAAUCUGACAGGCGUCACCACCUGCCGGUGGUUCCUCUGA